CUUAUCCGUCUUCUUCGCCCAACCCCGCCCGCUACUUAUUAACCGCCACCUCCUUCGUCUCCACCCACUCAAAGCACUUCCUCACCCCUUGAAACGCAUCUCCAAUUUGUUCCCAAAUCGCACCACAAGGCGCACCGGCACUGCACUAGGGCGAAGCAAGGCGAGCGAGCGAGAGAGAGAGAGAUAGGGAUCCAUCUGGCGCUAGCGAGGUCCAUGGACGCGGAGGGCUCGUCGCCGACGUCGCCGUCGUCGCUGCGGCACAAGCUGCGGACGACGGUGUGCUGCUGCUUCGGCGGGGGGUCCGGCGCCGGCGCGGGGGGCGAGAGGGUCAGGUGGAGGCGGCGCGCGGCCGCGGGGGAGUUCCGCUACGACCCGCUCAGCUACGCGCUCAACUUCGACGAGGGGGAGGACGACGACGCGUACGCGGACCCCGCCGCCGCGUUCCGGUACAGGAACUUCAACGCCCGGCUGCCGCCCUCGCCGGCCGCGGCAACGGCGCAGCGGCCCACGGCCUUCGCCAUCGCCUAGAAUUGGGAUGCGAUUUUUCUCUCUUGUAAUUCUACCAUCUACCGAGUGAGCGAGCGUGGCGAGUUGUGUGUAGCGACAUAGCGAAUUGUGAUAUACCACUAGCAAUCUCAUCAAGAAGGCAUGUUCAGAUGUGUUUCUACUAUGUAAUUGGCACAGAUCGAAGCGGCAGUGAUGAACCCUAGAAUCCAGGGUCUUUUGAUU